AUGCCUUCAAGAGAUCCAUUGCCAGCUCAAAAAAUUGUGCAAGUGGAAGUGAACUCCGAUGAUGAAGCAGACCCUGAGUUGGUAGAGCUUCUCCGCCAGCAUCUCGGAUUAGGUGGCGGACAGAACAAAAAUGCUCCUCCAGAGACGAGGGUGCUGGAGGGUGCGCAAUAUGUCUUUGACAAUGCCAUUGAUGUGGCAGUGAGCCGCGAAUUCGUCAAGGAAGCCGCCGAAACAAUAUGGCGUAUGAUGCAGAAGAAAGAGUACUCUACACAGACUUGGUCGGAGCAUGAACUACACCCGCAGACUAAGGAUGAGAGUACGGUUGAUUUCAUCUUCACCAUGGAUUUGUUAAACUUCAGUUUCUUUUCUGAUGAGGAAGAAGAGCCUAAGCGUUUCUGUGUUGAAUAUCGGGGAAAGCUCUGGACGGGAUAUUGGAGCCUGGUGGCGAUUCUACAGAGAGCUUUGGACGAAGAUAUUCCAAUCACAACCCCUGAUUUCUGGGUCGAUGAAGAAAAAUGUACCGAGGACCUGCUUAAGCAUGUCUUCCGGUCAGCAACAGACGAAGAGAUCCCCAUGUUUGAGCAGCGUGUGCAAUGCCUACGCGAAGCAGGUGAAGUCCUUUGUGAUGACUUCGGAGGCAGCUUCGCAAAUUGCGUUGACAACGCCAACUUCUCGGCCGCAGGACUAGUAAACCUCCUAACCGAGAAUUUCUCCUGUUUCCGGGAUGAGGCAAUUUUCCACGGAAAGAGAGUCCGGUUGUAUAAGCGUGCUCAGAUCCUGGUUGCCGAUCUCUGGGCCUGCUUUAACGGCGAGGAUUUUGGUGAAUUCCACGACAUCGACAAGAUCACCAUGUUUGCAGACUACCGCAUUCCUCAAAUGCUCCAUCAACUAAAUUGCAUUCGCUACGCUCCCAAGCUAGACAGCCACAUCCGUGAUCGGAAACCCAUCGAGCCAGGAUCGAACUGGGAGAUUGAGCUUCGAGGAAUGAGUAUCUGGUGCGUGGAAUUGAUCAAGCGGGAGAUCGAAAGACGGCACCCUGAGGUCAAGAUGGGUGGUAAGAAGGCCCCUACUCAAAGCCUUCCUGGGUCGAAUGAAAACGUAGAUGAUGGGACUGAGGAAUCGGAAGACAAGGCCGUCGCUGAGACUGGCAAGCGCAAGACUUAUGGUAUUAAUGCCAUUCUCAUCGAUUUCUUCUUGUAUGAUACUAUGAAGAGCUUGGAGGCGGAGCACAAUGAGUCCAUUCCUCACCACCGGACGAGAAGCAUUUGGUAUUGA